AUGCCGCAGUUGAGGUCAGGGAAGCUGGUGAGAGCCAGCGAGGUGAAGCUGGUUGACCCGGAGGUCAGCAGCCCCAGCUCUUCGGAGACAGGGUGUGAGCCAGGGGAAAAGCUGCUAGUCAAAGAGAGUCCUCGCCGGGCACCAAAGAGAAAACUUGGGCAGCCCUCACCUUCCUUUCCGCAACCUGCCAGGCUUUCUGGCGCUUCUGUGAAGUGUUUUGCUCUUCCUGUGCCUGUGCAGAAGGAGCAAGGUGAGAAGAGACAGAAAUUCCCAGGUAAAAAAAUCAAGGGAAUCCAGCGCAGGAAGUCUCCCAACAGAAGCAAGGGUGUAGCUUCAGCAGUUUCAGACAGAGCUGAGUGUGAAGAUUGGCAAGCAGCAGCCAUGGCUACAGCAAUGUGCUGGGAAGAGACUCUAAGAGGGACAGGUCAGAGUCAACAGCUGUUUUUCUCAGGAACUACCUUGCAGAAUAAGUUCUCAGCCGAGAUUGAAAGGUAUGAACGUUGCUCAGAAGACCUGAACUUCUCAGGUUUCCGCAAGAAUUCAAGGAACUCAGGAAAAGAAGGCAAACAUUCCUGUAUGGAAAUAGAAUUAGAAGUCCCAUCCUUGAAGGGGGAGAUUGAGAACACAGAGAGACAUGGAAUAUCCUGUUUCCCAGAACCAGGAGGUCUUCAACCCAAAAAAAUCUUAUGGAAUACUGAAGUGAAAUGCACUGACUCCAUAAUGACCAAGAAUAUGCAAAUCUCAGAUUUUAGGAAGAAUUUGGGCACUCAGGAAGCUGUGCCUGAACCAAAACCUCAGCAAGAGGUUGAUAUACCAGAGAGGUUGAAUGGGUGUGAAUUAGUUGGAUCAAGAACACUAGGGACACAGAAAAAAGAAAGGAGAUAUUUGGGCAAAAAAGGCAGGAGAUCAGUGGUGAAACCAAAAGUACAUGGUCCCAAAGAGAGGGGUAGUUCUGCCUUGCUAGAACAGCAUACACGGUGUGCAGAGUCCAGGAAAGGAGCUUUGAGUAUGAGGAACAGAAAUGCAUUGCUGUCACAGCAGCUGCGGGAUUUGAGUGGACAAGAACAACCAGCAACCAGAAAAAAGAAGUGUUGCAUGAAAGAAGAGCAGCAGAGCUCAAGCUCUCAGAAAGGACCCGACAGCCCAGGGGAAGGUGCAAAGGAACAACUGAAAGCAAUUGAGCAAGAUUCUGGUACUUCACAGGCUGUGAAGAGGGUUAAGACAAAGCAAAAUAGAGCAGAAGAUUCUAAGGAAAAGGAAUCUCACUAUUCUAGAUAUUUUGCAAUUUCUACAUCAGGUGACACUGAAAGCAAGAGCUUUCUAUGCCAUGCUGUAACAAAAGAGCCUGGUGUGCGGUGUAGAAAAAGACAACGCAGAUCUGGUCAAAUCAAGCACUUGCAAAGUUUAAGUGUGACUGCAGCUGAAAAAGUGAUGAAUACAUCUGCAAAAUGUGAUGCUGAACAUUGCAGUAAUGCCCUAAACCAUUGUAGUGGCUUGCUCUGUGCAACCAAUAAGAAUCCAUUUGUCAUAUUAGAGGACUGUAGUUACAUCAAUACACUAGUGAAGCCUUCGGCUAGUGGAACUACCAGCAGUUACAAAUUAAAUGGAUUCUCCCAUGUAGCCCAUGGUACUGGAGACCUGAACGAUGGAAUUUGCAGCACUAGUAGAAUGCAGAAUGAGAGAUCACUCAUUAAAGGUGGUUUAUCAUCUAAUAAAGAAAAGAACGAAAAUGAAGGAGGCUGUGUUGCAUGCUACCUGAGUGAAAGCAGUAAGUGUUUAAGGGGGAAAAAGUGGAAUAUUGGUAGAAAGCCUAGAAAAAGGAUGAAAAUCACAGAGAAAUCUGCAGACAUGGCUAGUAAAUGCAAGAAGUGUGAGUUACAAACAGAAACAGCAGUUGCCAUGUCAAGCUCAUUUGCAGUUUCAGGACUAAAUCAUAUUUUUUCAGCUUCAUGUGAUCAUACAUCAGAUUUUGAUGCAGAAAAAAAUACUCAUGAAGUGCAAACUGUAUCAGCCUGGAGAAAGAAUAAUACUAAAUUACUUUCAUUUGAAACUGGCUUUAAGAAGACAUCUGAGCUCUCUGUAGUAGUAAAAGGAGAAAAUUCAAGCAGUGUGGCACAUUAUGCAGAUGCCUCAGAUAGUCUGAGAAUGUUAGCUCAGAUCCAUGAUGUUUCUGAUCAUCACAAAAGCAAGACAGGAAGAAAUUUGAACAAAGUUAGUGAGAAAUUGCAGCAGUUUACCUGUCAAAGAACAAUACCCAUGACUGGUAAAAAAGUUUGGCCCAUUGAAUCUUGUGCCAGGACUUCUGAAUGGUUCCUUAAAAAUCAUAGGUCCAUCUCAGAAGGAGAAAGACUUUUAAAGGCUGCUUUUGAGGUUUCCUCUGAUAAAAGCAGUGUUAAAGCAGUAGGACAUAGUGCAGUGACUAAGAAUGUGAGACAGCUGGAUUUGCAUACAUCAUUGGCAGAAAUUACAAAAAAAAUGACACAUAAAAAAAUUGAUCCAAAUAUUGACUGUCAAGCUUCACGUGCAGAAACAGAAUCCUCUUCUGUGGACAUUUAUAAGACUUUGACAAUGAGCAAUGAAAAUGGAGAAUCGCUAGUUAGUACAAAUGGAAGUGACAUGGCUUUUAACCAUGAUGAUGUGCAAGGAAUUAAAGCAACCUUGAAUUUUACAGCAAAACAAAAAGAUGAAAAUGAAAGUGAUGUAACAGAAAGAAACCUGUCUGAGACAGUCCAGAAUGGUAAAACAAAACAAAAGGAUAAAAACAAAGGAGAUAUGACAAACAGAAACCUGCCUGCGACAGUCCAGUAUGGUACAACAAAACAAAAGGAUAAAAAUGAAGGAGAUGUGACAAAUAGAAAUCUGUCUGUGACAGUCCAGAAUGGUACUUCUACAAGUAACAUAAACAAAAUAAACUUUAGCCCUGAAGUAUCAGUAGUGAACCAGACAACAUUUUCUGAUUUAAACAUAAUUAAACCAUUAACUUCUGGAAGCCUUACAAAAUUCAAAAUUCCUUACUGCAGAAACAAACCUAAAUCCAAGAAACGGGAAUCUGUCCAUUCAUUUGAAAACAAGACUUGUAACACUUGUACUAGUCCACUAGAGCUUCUUGAAGGCAUUGGUCCAGGAAGGCAGAAGACAGGUGAAGAGAUUUUCUUGCUAAAAUCUGAGCAGCAUCCUCUUCCUGUCAUGAGUGAUGCUACAUCUCCAGCUUCCAUACAGAAAAAAGCAGAUGAGAUUGACAGUAAGGACUUUCAACACAGUGGCUCUGUAAACCUCUCUGAUGAGGUGUCUGAGCUCCCUGAAAGUUUUUCUGUGUAUCCACAUCCUCUUUUUGAUGGACAACCAGAGCCAUCUGUGUCUGAUUUCAGUGGUACUGAAUGUGUACUGAAAUCUAGUUUUCCUGAUCAUUCUUAUAAUGCAGUCGACCACUUUGUUGGAUUAGAAAUAAAUGGUGAUAGAAAAUCAAGAGGGAAUUUUUCACAACGCGGAAGUCAAAAUUUACCAGAUAUCCUUGAAGCUUACAACCAAGAUGUUCUUGUCAUUGAUGUGAUUCAGGAUGACCCUGACCUUUUUGGAGCCAGUAAUGAAGAGGAGUUUGCACCUGCAUGCUGUGAACAUAGUCCAGUGAAAGCGUCCUCUGCAAACUGCAUUAAAAACACAAAGGUGUAUAUUAAGCCUGAGUCUCCUGGUACCUCCGAAAAGACAUAUUCAGUAGAGAGUAGUUUUAGAUGCAUGCAAGAAUCUGGAAUGUCAAGUGAUACUGAAAAUUCUUGUAAUUUGAUGUUAAAAGCUGAAGAUGUGAAAACUCACAACUGCUCCAGAGGCAGCAGUCCUUCAAGAGAUGUUAGCCAGGACUUUCUGAAAGAUAGGCAACAGAGCAAACUAGAUGAACUUUUGACAAAUUUGGACGUGGAUGAAAAGUUCAGACUUGCUGAUGGAGUGCCUGCUGUUGAAGAAGAAAACAAGAGUGAAGCUGAACAAAGUGACUCUAAAUGCAAAGUGAACUGUGAAUUGCUGCCGGGAUUACCACCGAAUGACAGAAAAGUAAAUCUCUUCAGUGGAAGUACAGAGGUGAAAUCCUGGACAAAUGGUUACAAAUCUUCAGAAAGAAGUACUUUAUUGCCAGUGAAGAAUUGUGGAGAUUUUGAGCCAUGGAAGAUGGAGAAAAAUGCAAUUGCUUGUCAUUCAGUCCAGCAGAUCCUUGAUGCACUUAACUUGCCCCGUAAAUACUGCAGAUAUUACUUCAUGACUUCACGUGGGUGUGAAAGAACAAAAUGUUGGUUCUGUCAUGUUCCAGGACAUGGAGAUGAAAAGAUUUGCAUGGCAAUUCUUAGGACAUACAUUAGUAUCAAAGAAUCAGGCCUCCUAAAACGUGCAGUCAAAAUAUUUGUGCAGUAUUACAAAGAAGUUACUCCUGGUGUGGAUUUUUCUUCUGAAGUGCUCAAUGAUCUUCUUGUUUCAUUGCUCAGCAACUGUAUGUUGCAGGAAGUAUUUCAGAUAUUGAAUGUAAUUGUACAAAUCAAGACACUGCCAGCUGUAGAUGUUCUUCUGAAAGUUUUUGAGCAUGUGGCUUCUUUGAAUAUAAGAAAUGCUGUGCCUACAUUAAUCAGUACCUUCUGUAAGCUCGUUGAUGCUGGUAUCUUUCUUGAGUUAGAACAUUUUAACUACAUUAUUAAGUUACUUCACCAGUUGCAAGUUUCCAGUUGGGAAAUGAGUACUGUUUUGAACAUAAAAUCCAGAUUUAAGGAAAGAUAUUUUGAAAAGACAUGGAUUUUUGACUUCAACUUGGCAGUUGCUGAAAUUCAGUAUUGCAAGGAAAAAAGGGAUUGGACCAAGCUGGGAGCUUUGUAUCUUAAUGCAAGAACUGGAUGUGAACAUUUUGAUGAUCUUCAGAAAUUGUUUUUAUCUAUUGCUGAAAUUCUAACCAGAGCUUCUGAGACAGACAAACCAAGAGUCCCUUUUUGCAAUUUUGCUGAUGCAGUAAUGAAAAAUUCACGCCAUAAUAAAGCAGACAGACUUUUCAUUGGAAGGACUGGGAUAAGCGUAAUGUAUUCGUAUCACAAAGUACUGCAGUGGGUAAAGGGAAGCAAGGUUUUGGAUAAACUGCAUGAAUUACAGAUAAAUUUUACACUCUUGAAAGGACUUAUAGGUCCAGGGAGAUCAGCAUCCAGAUGUCAGAUUGUUAAUAAAGCCACAGAAAUCUUUCUUCAUUCUGGAAAUUUGGAUGGAGCAAUUAGGGUAUUGAGAGAGUCAGAGUGGAUUACAGAUGCACCAUUGUGGCCCUGUGAUAAAAUGGACAUCCUCAAUCGACAUAAUCUGUUAUGUGCAAUAGUGCACAAAUACUUGAGGAAGAGUUUGUACAGGCAAGCGUUUGAAGUUCUGCAGAACUUACCAGGUUUGCAGAAACAUUCCGAUAUUGUAGAUGCUUCUCAAUACAGCCGCCUUUUUAACAAGCUGAUAAAUGCCUGUUUUGAGAACAAGAACCUUGGAGUCUCAUCUUCUGCAGUAGACUUUAUGUUUUCCAGGAAGAUUGCUAUUGAUUUUGUUUUACUUAGAGGAUUAAUCACAGCUUUGGGAAGAAGUUCUUUAUGGUCCAAAGCUAGAACCUAUUACAAAAAUGCUUUAUCACUGGGUUGUUACCCAGAGCUGCAGGGAAAUUUAUGUCACAAACUUCUGAACAUUCCCUCUUACCUGUCUGAAGUUGAGAUGCUGUUGACCAUUGAAAUAUUUCUUGUUUCAAAUGCCAGUGGUAUUCAAAAUCCAAGGACUAGUCAGGCUCUUCAAAUAACACUGAAAAGAUCUGAAGAUGCAGUUCAGAAUAACAGUGCCUAUCACGGGGCAGUGGAGAAGCUGAUCCAGGCGGCUCAUUUAUCUGAUCCAAAGCUUUUUCUUAAGCAUAUGACAAUGAAUGUUAAUAUGGAAGAAGUUUAUAGCCUUGAGCAUUCAUCUGCUCUAAAAUGGCUUCAAGAGAAUAUGGAAUGGGCUGAGAAAGUCUGGCUGUUUCAGUAAUUACUAAAUAGUUUCCACUGUGUUCAGAGUGUGUCUUAAUGAUUUACAGCAAGGUUUCAAACUCAAGUUAUGGUUUUAAAUACUAUAUUGAUGAUAAUGCAGAUAGUACCACAAAAAGAGUAUUUUUUUCUUUAACUAUAUAAACUAUCACACUGACAUAUAGGUGUUUUGCAAUGGCAUCACCAGAUAAUGAGGAAGCUGCAGCCUCAGAACCUAUGUUCUCCCUUCUUACAAAGAAUUAGCACUUAGCUUCUUUCUCCCAGCAGGUAAUCAUAUAAGUGUAGUAUAAGCAUAGAUAAAAGUGUAGGUAAGUGCAUUGGUUGAGUGCAUAUACUGUUCUUCAGUAACACAUUUUCCAUAGUCUGUAGAAGUAAUACCUGUUUUCUUUUACCUGUUUGCUUCACAGUAAUUUGUGAGGUCACUGUCCCAACUCUUUGCACCUUAGAUCUUGAUUUCUUUGCUCCAAAAGUCCAGUAAAAAGCACAGAGAAUAAAAUAACUUCAAAAUCACUUGAGACAUGCCUGAUUUAGGAUACCUUUCUUCACAGA